AUGGAUUUGGUGGCCAGUAUACGCAAAGAAGGGAGCCGUGGUGGCCGCAACGAGUUCAAAUGGACCGACGUCCAGAGCUCCACCCACCGUGAAAACUACCUAGGCCACUCGGUGAUGGCCCCAGUCGGACGCUGGCAACAAGGCAAAGAUCUAGGAUGGUAUGCCAAGGGCGAAGAUGGCGACCAAGAGGAAGAAGCCCGCAAGCAACAAGAAGAACGACAACGAGUCAAGGAUGCCGAAGCAGAAGCCAUGGCCCUCGCACUGGGUCUCCCACCACCAGUAAAAGCCCAAGUCCGCGAUAACGCCAAUCUCGAACCCCUCGGCGGUCAAAAUACAUCUUUAUCCCGAGACGAGUCGGCCAAAAACGACAACAGCGGAUCAGGUGCGGGGAAGUCGGACCGAGAAACUCGCGGAGAUCGCGAUCGCAGACACAGGCAUCGCAGUCGAAGCCCGCGGCGAGACCGAGAUCGACGAGGAGACCGUAGUGAUGAUCGUGGCCGUGAUCGCGAUCGCGAUCGUGAUCAACGUCAUCGCAGACACCACGAUGAUCGGGACCGGGCUCGUGGUCGGGAACAAGAUCGGGAUCGAGAUAACAAGGAUCGUCAUCGUGGGCAUCGGCAUCGCUCUCAGACUAGGGAUCACGAUCGUCCCCACAGAAGACGGUCUCGUUCGCGCUCGCGAGAAAGACCUCAUCGUAAAGAUGACGAGCGUCAUAAACACCGACGAGCAGACCGCAGCUACUCCCCCGCCGAGCGACGAGUCAACGCUGAGCGACGCCGAGACUAA